AUGGGGGUUACUGUACUUAUGGUGGCUGAAAAGCCAAUGUUGGCUGAUUCGAUUGCGAAAUUAUUAUCGGAUGGACAGGCGACAAAAAGGAAAGGUGAGCAUUUUUUGGGAGAAAAUUUGGAACAUUAAGGCACAAAAAUGAACAUUUUGGAAUAAUUUUCAAUGGAAAAUGAAUAAAAAAUUACACAUUUGAAAAAAUUAGAACGUGAACUAAAGAAAAAAUAGACGUUUCAUAGAAUUCGACAAUAAACUCAUUUUCUAUUUUUCACCUUUAUUUUUUGUCUCCAGGUUUCAACAAUGUUUGCUCAAUCAGCGAAUACAAUGGAAAAUUCAACGGCCAAAAUGCGCGUUUCAAAGUGACAAGCACUUGUGGACACGUCAUGUCCCUUGAUUUUCCCUCGAAAUACAACAAUUGGGAACGUGUUGAUCCAUCAGAAUUAUAUUCUGCUCCAACUAAUAAAAUUGAAGCAAAUCCAAAAAUGAAAAUGAAUGAUGUAGGUUAGAAAAAUCGCAAUAAAUCGAGUAACGUUUCAAUCUAGAAUGAAUUUUUGUAGUUUUUGUCAUCGGAAGCGAAAAAUGCGGAUUAUUUGGUGCUUUGGUUGGAUUGUGAUAAAGAAGGAGAGAAUAUUUGUUUUGAAGUGAUUGAUGCUGUGAGAAAUUCGAUGUUCAAAAAUGUGUCGAAUUAUAUGGAUCGAGUAUAUCGUGCGCAUUUUUCAGCAAUCUCUGAAAAAGAUAUAAAAGCAGCUAUGAAAAAUCUGGGAAGACCUGAUAAAAAUAUGUCGCUUUCUGUUGAUGCUCGACAAGAACUCGAUCUUCGAAUCGGAUGUUCUUUCACUCGAUUUCAAACCAAGUUUUUCCAAGGAAAAUAUGGUGAUUUGGAUAGCAAUGUGAUUUCUUAUGGACCUUGUCAAACACCGACACUUGGAUUUUGUGUAACUCGACAUGAUCAGAUUGUGCAAUUCAAACCAGAACAAUUUUGGAUAAUUAAAACAUCGUGGACAAUUGGAGAUGCUCAACCGAUUCAACCAGAAUGGCAAAGAGGAAGAUUAUUUGAUGUUGAGGUCGCGAAGUUUUUCCUUGAUAGAAUUAAAGCAAAAAAUAUUGCCGAAGUGAUUGAUAUCAGUAAAAAAGAAGGGAGAAAAGAAAAACCAUGUGCAUUGAAUACGGUAGAAUUAAUGAGAGUUGCGAGUAGUUCACUUGGCCUAAGUCCCGCAACAACAAUGCAUGUUGCUGAAUCACUUUAUACACAAGGAUAUAUUUCAUAUCCACGAACUGAAACAACAGCAUAUCCAUCGAGUUUUGAUUUAGUUGGAACACUUCGAACACAACAAUCAAAUCGAAAAUGGGGAGAUGUUGUUGAACAAGUUUUGGCGGAUGGUGUGAAGAAACCAAAAAGUGGUGUUGAUAAAGGAGACCAUCCACCAAUUACACCAAUGAAACCAAAUAAUGGACAAUUAUCAGGCGAUAUGGCGAGGAUUUAUGAUUAUGUUGCACAACAUUUUAUUGCAACUUUGAUGAAACCAUGUAUUUAUGAGGUGACAACAGUGAAGUGAGUUAAUUUUCAGAAAUUUUUGAUUAAAACAUUUCAGAUUUUCUCCUGGAAAAAAAAUGUCAGAUUCAUGAGCUUACUAUGAAAUUUUAAAGUUACAUGUUUUCUUGGGAAUAAAAAAUAAAUAUAACAUUUUUCUAAUUCUUGAAAAUAUGAUAUAAACUCUGGAAAAAAGGCCAUAAAAUAUUCUGCAUGAAAAUCCUACUUUUCUUUUUUUUUGCAGAAUAAAAUGUGGCGAAGAAAUGUUCACAGUUCAAGGAAAACAAAUGAUCGAUGCUGGUUUUACAUCAGUUAUGACGUGGAUGGCAGUGGAUGAGGAAUCGAAAAUACCACAAGCAAUUCUGCAAAAAGGAGCUAUUUUGAAUCUCAAGUACGUUAUAUCAACUGUAGAAUUAUUUGAAGUUUUAGUUUGUACGUUCAACACAAUUCAGAAUUUCUCUUUAUUUCUGUGUUAUGAAGAUCUCCUAAUCUCCUAUUUUUUUACAGAGAUGCUGAUUUAUCUGCUCGUGAAACUUCACCGCCUGGAUAUUUGACAGAAUCUGAAUUGAUUUCUCUUAUGGAAAAACACGGAAUCGGAACUGACGCAUCUAUUCCAGUUCAUAUCAAUACAAUUACUCAAAGAAAUUAUGUGACAGUUGAAAGUGGGCGGAGAUUAGUACCAACUCGAUUGGGACAAUGUUUAGUUCGUGGAUAUUGGAGAGUUGAUCCUGAUUUAGUUCUACCUACAAUGAGAGCUGAAUUAGAAACACAAUUGAAUUUGGUUGCAAGUGGAAAAGCGGAUUAUUAUGAAGUGAAAAAUCAUGCACUCAAAAUGUUUGAGAUCAAAUUUCAAUAUUUUGUCAAAAAUGUGCCAUUAGUUGAUACGCUUUUUGAGGCAUCAUUUACAACACUUUCCGAUUCGGGAAAACCAUUUAGUAAAUGUGGAAAAUGUAGAAGAUAUAUGAAAUUGGUACAAACCAAACCGCAAAGAUUAUUCUGUCCAACUUGUCAGGAUACUUAUUCUGUUCCGAAUUUCAAAGAUGGUGUUUUACGGGUGAUUGGUGAUCAUAAAUGUCCAUUGGAUGAUUUUGAUUUGGUUUAUUGGCAAGGAGCCGGUGGAAAAUUAGCAAGAAAUUUCACGCUUUGUCCGUUUUGUUAUAACAAUCCGCCGUUUGAGAAAAUGCCACAGGCUGGAGGUUGUGAUGUUUGUCCGCAUCCUUCGUGUCCGAAUUCGAUUAAGUGAGUUUUUUUUUGAGAAGGGGGUUAAAUUUUGAAAAAAUAUAUCUUGAAACUGAAUUUUCAACAGAAAAAAUCGCUUUUAAAAUAUUAAAUAAGACGUGAACUGUAUGUUCUGUGUUCAUUUGAAGGAAAAUCGAAUAUUUCGAUUUUCGAAGAAUGUAAAAACAGGAGAUCAAACUAAAUGUCAUUGGAAACAAAAAAGGACUCUCCUGUAGAAAAUCAACCAAUUUCUUUACAAAAUUCACCAAUUCCAAUAUCAAAUCGGAUAAGUUAUAUUCCACCCAAUUUACCAAGUAUUCCACUACAAAAACAUGGAGCAUUAGAUGUUAUACAAUCAACGAAUGUAUUAAUUUCUGAAAAACCCAACGAAUCAUUUGAAUUUAUAGCCAAAUCUGAAACUAAAAAACGAUAUAUUAUAAAAGAUAUGUUGAUGAGACCAAUCUUAUACGGUUUCGAAAAAUUAACUAAAUUCGAUAGAGUUGUUGGUGGAAAUCGUCUAGGUACAAAAAUGGAAUAUGCUGAUAUUUAUGGAAAUGUUAUUAUGAAAUCCGAAAGAAUAUAUCCUUGUUGUGAUGAUGAAUUGAGAUUUGAAUAUCCAAUUGGAAAAACACUUGGAGUUGUGACAAAAGGAGCUUGUGAUGAAUCAUAUAUUAUUCGUCCUUCAAUUGGUUCUCCAUUAUUUCAAGUUGAAAGUUCAUGUUGUUCUCAGAUGUUUUCUUCGAAGUACCUAAUUAUUUGUGAUGGGCAAAAAGUUGCUGAAAUUAAAUUCGAUUUGUCUUGUAAUUCCAACCACUUUAUGAUUUAUUUUAAUCCAGAUCUUCCCGUUUAUUAUAAAAUAUUGUUUAUGGCUAGUGGAUUUAUGGUCGAUUUCAUCAACACAGACCGAAAAAAGAAUCAGAAUAUAGCUGUUUUAAAUGUAUGACCAUAAAUAAUUUUAUUGUAUUACAGUAAUCAAAAUGAGUGGAGGGGAAAAACAAAGUUAUGAAAAGCAAAUCCGACUUAAAAUUCAAAAUAGGCUUACAAAAAAAGGCGAUUCGCUGGGAAUGAAAAUGGAACUGUUCUAUGGUUUCAAAAAAACUUUCCAAUUCAAUUUUUUCCAGCUCAAUGGGUAUUUGUGCUUGUCUUCAAAAUUGCGGAGGUGUUCUUCUUCUCGACCCACAAUCUCAUCCAAAAUGGCGAUUAGCAUGCAACAAAUGCCCUUCUGUUGUUGGUCUUUUCGACGGCGCAAGCAAAGUCAAAAUCAAUACAGAUAAAUCGUGUGAAGAAUGCGGUUCGCAGUUUGUCAAAGUCAAUUAUAAAGCGACGGGAAAAAAUCUGAUUGACGGACAAUCGACGUGGGAAGGUUGUAUAUUUUGUGAGGCGAAAGACAAGUUCCCAGAAAGUAUUAGUUUGAGUCAUGCGUAUUUGAGUGAGGAGGCACGGCUGAAAAGUGUGCAAUCUGGAAGAGGACGGGGACGUGGAAGAGGCGGAAGAGGCGGAAGGGGACGAGGAAGAGGCAGAGGGCGAUAA